AAACCUAUCCUGCAUAUACUAUCUACUUCUUCUACUCAAUCAUCUGCUAUGAAACACCAUUCUUACCAACUAGAACAUGACCUCUGCCUGUACUGUGGUUCUGAUGACCAUUAGAUUAAGGAAUGCAAUCAGCACUCAUGUUGCUCUAGCUCACCUACUACAUCCUAGCCUAGUUCACCUGCACCUGCCCCUGCUAAGCCCCAUACUAAGACAACAGCCCAAAGUUCUGCUAUAGAUGCCCUCUUUAGUUAACAGCCC